AUGCUCGAAGAAUCGAUAGUAGAUUCAACGUGUUCUAGUUUAAAUAACACUAAUAACAGUUUUCUAUCAAUUAAAGAAACUCCGCCUCGUUUGUUGAAUAAAAAUAUCCAAUCCGCAAUGUCAUCAACUGAAGAUUCAAUUGAAACAGUAAAUAAUUCGGAACUUUUUGUCGAGAUGGAUACUGAACUGAUAUUAACACCAAAGUCUACAAAGAAAUUGCAUGAAAUGUCAGGACGCAGAGUAGUGGAUAUUUUUACUUUUAUCCGUGAUAUACAAAAUUACCUUUGUGAUCAUGGACCAUUAUUUGGAUGUUCAUUCAAAGAUAUGGAUAUAAUAUCUGAAAAAAGAACUGGUUUACAAAUUACGAUCAGCUUUAAAUGUAAGAUGUGUGGACAUCAUAAGUCUAUUAAGACAGAUAAUUAUGGAAGUUCGGGAGCAAUAAAUGUCAAUGAGAGUGCGAUUGUGGGUACCCUAUCAGCUGGAGGAGGUUAUAGUCACCUUUCACAAAUAUUUUCAGCUAUAAACAUUCCAGUAAUGAAUUUUAGUACGUAUAGAGUCUAUGAGAAUAAAGUGAUGGACAAUUUUGAAAAAGUUGCUUCUGAGAUCAUGCUAAAUUCAGCGAUGGAGGAAAAAGCUUUAGCUAUACAAAAUGGCGAUGUUGAUAAAGAUGGUGUUCCUUUAUUAACAGUUAUAUGCGAUGGCAGUUGGGGAAAGAGAUCUUAUUGA